UGCUUACUCGCACUUUCCCCAAAUGCUUCAACUAUUUAAACCACAGAGCGCAUUGUUGGUUUCAGUGUCCAUUGAGAAUAAUGAGAAGCAUUGCAAUAAUGGAAGGUGCAAGAGUAAUGUUCCUAUUAUUAUUAUCACUAAUACUACUGACCCCCUUGAAGAUCAGUAGCACCGUAGAAGUAGCGACUAAUGCUAAGCCACCAUGCAAUUUUCCAGCAAUAUACAAUUUCGGGGACUCGAAUUCCGACACCGGCGGUAUCUCUGCUGCAUUUGAACCAAUACAAGCACCUUAUGGUGAAAGCUUCUUCAGGAAACCUGCUGGAAGGUUUUCAGAUGGCCGCCUUCUCAUUGACUUCAUCGCUGAGCACAUGAGUCUACCUUACUUGAGUCCCUAUCUAGAUUCCAUUGGCUCGAAUUUCAGACACGGAGCCAAUUUUGCAACAGGAGGAUCCACAAUUCGUAGGCAAAACGAGACUAUAUUUCAAAGUGGUAUAAGCCCCUUCUUCCUGGAUGUUCAGAUCGUGCAUUUUCAUCGUUUCAAAUCAAGAACUGAAGAGCUCUAUAGACAAGAGAAGAACAAACUCCCGAGACCUCGCGAAUUUUCACAUUCUCUCUACACAAUUGACAUAGGCCAAACUGAUCUAGCUGUUGGUUUCCGCCAGAUGAGUAAUAUACAACUUCGGGCAGCCAUACCAGACAUAAUAAAUCACUUUUCUGCAGCAGUAACGCGUCUAUAUCAACAAGGAGCGAGGGCAUUCUGGAUACAUAACAUACGCCCAAUCGGUUGCUUACCAACAGCCACAUUAUACCUCAGAAAUCCAAAACCAGGUGUUCUUGAUAACUAUGGAUGCUUAAAGAGCCAUAAUAAUCUGGCCUUAGAGUUCAAUAGACAGCUGAAAGCCAGAAUAGGGACAUUGAGGGCAGAGCUUGGGCAUGCUGCUAUAACAUAUGUAGAUGUCUAUGCUGCCAAGUAUGAAUUAAUCAGCAAUGCCAAGAGCCAAGGUUUCAUGGAACCCCAGAAAAUAUGCUGUGGAGUGCAUGAGGGGAAUGCGCACGUAUGGUGCGGGCAGAAAGGAAUAGUGAGAGGUGCAGAAGUGUUCGGAGGGGCUUGUGCCAAUCCUUCAGGUUACAUAAGCUGGGAUGGAGUACAUUAUUCACAGGCUGCUAAUCACUGGAUUGCCAAUCAUAUACUUAAUGGCAGUUUCUCUGAUCCUCCCAUUCCCAUUACACAUGCUUGUCAUAAACGUCUUCACCAUUAAAAAUCAUGUAUAAUUAUAUGUAUCUAAACCAGUCUUUAUAUCUAUGUCAAGUAAAAUCACUGUUCUUGUCCUU